UCAGUAUUCCGUGAAGGCUGGGUGCGAGUAGAAGUUGGAAAAUGUUUAUCGUCUUUAAAUUAUUUUAUUGGAGAUAAAAGAAAAAAGUAUUUCUCAUUUGUUCGGGAUAUUGCGUGGGAUUCAAAAAUAGUAAAUAACAAAUUUUCAAAUUAAUUUACCAUGCAGUUCAUGAGUUAAAUAUCUACCUAGUUUUGAAAAAAAUUAGAUUUUGAAUUCAAGUUGAAGUGAUAUAAACAAAAGUAGAGUAAGACUUGAACACGAGAAGUAUUUGUUGCAUUUUAGAUACAAAUACAACUCAUGCAAUCAGUCAAUGAAUUGAAUGAAAAAGAAAAUCAAUUAUUUAAACCAUAAUCGAAAUAAUGGGACUUUUGAAGCGUUUGGGCUUUAGUGGCCGUGCUUCAACAUCAGCACAAGGAGGGGAUGAAAGUGAAAGACCAAAGAAUGCACCACGAAAAAAAUCUAUUAUUUCUUUGGUUCCUUUAAGUGAAGUAACUGAGGCAUCGUUGAAAGUAUGGCGACAAUUGCCAGGCACUAUUCGACACGAUCCAUCAAUGAUUUCCUUUCAACAAGAACACGACAGAUGGAAAGCUGAACAUGCAGACGAAGAGGUUCAAAAUAGCACUACAGGGCGCGAUGAUUCGAUUCAUCAUUUCGGGAAAUCUGCAAGUGUUGAUGGUGCUGGAUCUUUUGAUGAUUCUGAAUCUUUGAAUGGAGAGUUUAUAACAAUCAAAGUUACCAAUGAAGAAGGAAAUACUGAAGCUGAAGAGAAUGAUAAGAUUAAUGAUCAUAAAACGAGGGAAGAACAUAAAGAUAAAGGACACUCUCAUGUCGUUCACCAUAAAGAAGAACAUCAUGAUGAACAUCAUGAAGAAAGUGAUCAAAAUCCUUUCCAUAAGUUCGGCAAGACUGGAUGUCUCGUACUUGUAUGGAUCCUUAUGGUUGCUUUCUUGAGCAGAACUCCAGAAAAAGAACUUGAAAAACGACAAUUGGCGAUACCAAUUAAUGAACCGAGAAUUUAUAAUUUUCCUAAACUGCCCGAAGGCACAAGAAUCAACGCAACACUCUCAGGAGCUUUUCUUCAUACAGCAUUUCCAAUUGAACAAAGAAAACAAGAUUUUAUCAACCAAAAUGGUAAAAAAAGGAAAGAAAUCGAGAGAGAAAAUUACAUUCGAGUAUAUCUUAAAGCAAGUGAGGGAGGUGAAAGAAUUUUAACGCAGCCUAAAAUAAUUUCAGUCGAAGCACCAGAAAAUUUUGACACAGCAAAUUUAACGAAAAUUCCAAUCAUGUUCGAUAUUGGUGAAGAUAAUCUUUACAUGCUUCAAGAAAGUAAUGAAACGUUGCAACUCGUCAUUCAAAGUCAUUUCAGUAAAACAUCACCACAAGACAAAAGAGAAAUGCCUUUGAUUUUCACUUAUGACAUUGCUCCAAUUAACAAACAAAUUGGAGUUAUAUUUGCGGCUUUUGUUUUAAUUUUCCUGUAUGUUUUAAUUAUUUAUGAGAUUGUACAUCGAACAUUCGCAGCAAUGAUUGCGAGUACUUUAUCAAUUGCUUUAUUAGCAGCACUUAACGAUCGUCCAACACACCAUGAAAUAAUUGGUUGGAUUGAUGUGGAGACAAUUUUAUUACUUUUCGCUAUGAUGAUUUUAGUGGCAAUUCUCACUGAAACUGGAGUUUUUGAUCAUCUUGCAGUGUAUGCAUACAGAAUUACAGAUGGCAAGAUUUGGCCUUUGAUUCAUUGUCUGUGCAUCAUUACUUGUAUUGUAUCAAUGCUUUUGGAUAAUGUAACGACAGUUCUUCUCAUGGCACCGAUUACAAUCACGCUUUGCGAAGAUUUAGACCUCAAUCCAGUUCCUAUUCUCAUGGCGAUUGUAAUUCAUGCAAACAUUGGUGGAUGUGCCACGCCAAUUGGUGAUCCACCAAAUAUUAUCAUAACAUCAAAUCAGACAAUUCUUGAAGGGGGUGUGACAUUUAUAACAUUCACGGUUCACAUGCUGAUUGGAGUCAUCAUUCUUACUCUCACAACAAAUUUACAUCUUCGUUUUAAUUACAGAAAUAUCAAUCUUCUAUUUAUUCAAGAACCUAAAGAGAUUAAAAAUUUGAAGCGAAAUAUUAUCGUAUGGGAACGUGCUGCAGCAUCAAUUUCACCCUUCAGUAAGGAUGCAAAGAUGGUGCGAGAAACUUUGUUGAAGAAAGUGAAAAUAUUACGUCAUGAUUUAAAGAAAAAAGUGGCAAAGGGUGGUGUGGCUGGUGCAAGAUACAAGUCAACGCUUGAGGAUAUGGAGAAAGCAUAUCCGAUUAAGAAGAAAGGAUUAUUAAUUAAGUCAGGUUUUGUGUUGGUCUUCAUUCUGACUUUGUUCUUCAUUGAAUCAAUACCGGAAUUGCAUCGACUUUCAUUAGGAUGGUCAGCUUUACUUGGAGUCAUUUUGUUGCUUAUCAUAAGUAAUCGUGAUGAUAUGGAUGCGAUUUUACAUCGUGUUGAGUUCUCAACUCUCGUGUUUUUUGCUGCGAUGUUUGUGCUGAUGGAAGCUGUUGAAAGAAUGGGAUUCAUUUCAUGGAUCGGAUCUGGCUGCGAAGAUAUCAUCAACUCAGUGUCAAAAGAAUAUCGACUUGCUGUCGCAAUUAUAAUAAUUUUAUGGGUUUCCGGUUUAACUUCAGCUUUUGUUGAUUCAAUUCCGGUUACUCAAAUGAUGGUCAAAAUUGUCAUUACAAUGGCUGGUCGACUUGCUUUACCACUUCAUCCUCUUGUCUGGGCUUUAGCUUUUGGACCUUGUCUUGGAGGUAAUGGAACACUUGUAGGUGCUUCUGCAAAUGUUAUAUGUGCUGGUAUUGCUGAACAACAUGGCUACAAAAUGACAUUUAUGGAUUUCUUUAAGAUGACGGAAGCUUCCUUGUCAAUUUGGAGAAAUCUUCCUGGAGAAAUUCGUCAUGAUCCAUCAAUGAUUAAUUUUCAACGAGAAGCAAAGCGUUGUGAAGGUUCAUCAUCUGAACUCUCAGUUUCAUUUAAAAAUGAAUUUGAAAUUGAUGGGAGUAAGAAAAUUGAAAAAGAUUCGGAAUCUGACAGUGCCAUGGGUGAAGAUCAAUUCAUAACGAUAAAAGUGACAAAUGAAGAUGAUAUCGUUAAAGAUGAAAGCACUUCUGAUAUUCCUGUUAAAACUCGUAGAAGUCCCACAAAAAGUGUGCGAAUUGUUGAAUCUCCAAUAAAAACAGAAGCAGCUGCUGACUUCUAUCAUCAUAAUCAUCACUCUCAUCAUCUCAAAGUUGAGAGUCCAUUUCAAGAAUAUGGAAAAACAUUUUUCCUAAUUUUCAUUUGGUUUCUCAUUGUUGCAUUUUUAACUUCCACACCAGAGAAGAAAAUUGAAAAGCGUCAACUUGUUUUGCCAAUAAAUGAUGUAAAACUUUACAAUUUGCCAACUCAACCUCAUGGCCCUUUGAUUCACAUCACAAUCCAAGCGCCUUUUUUACCAAAUUCUAAAGAAUAUUUACGGAAAGGUGGCAAUAAAAGUCACGAUACACGCAAUAAAGACAACUUGAUUAAUAUGUUCUUGCGAACUGAUACUGAGAAAAUUCUCACAGCAAAUAAAACAUUUUACAUUUACAAACCAGAAGAAAUAGAUUUCGUGAAUGCGACUAAAAUUGAAUUUACAUUUGACAUUGGAGAAGAAAACUUCGACGAGUUACAAGAGGAUGAAAUUGUUCAAGCAGUUAUAGUCUCAAACUUUUCAAAGUCCAACGACAGACAAAAGCAGGAAGUUCCGAUUACUCUCAGUGUAGACUUAAUGCCUCUUAAUAAACCUAUUGGAGUACUCUUUGCUGCAUUCACAUUAAUUCUUUUGUAUGCUUUAAUCGUGUGGGAGGUUGUACAUCGGACAUUUGCGGCGAUAAUUGCAAGCACUUUAUCGAUUGGUCUUCUAGCAGCAUUAGAUGAUCGACCAACACAUGAAGAGAUUAUGGCAUGGAUUGAUGUUGAAACAAUUCUUCUUUUAUUCUCAAUGAUGAUUCUUGUUGGAAUAUUAACUGAAACAGGCGUUUUCGAUCACAUUGCUGUUUACGCUUAUAGAAUUACCAAUGGACAAAUUUGGCCUUUGAUUCAUUGUCUGUGCAUUAUUACUUGUAUUAUAUCAAUGCUUUUGGAUAAUGUGACGACAGUUCUUCUCAUGGCACCGAUUACCAUAACACUUUGUGAAGAUAUGGACAUUGAUCCGGUUCCUAUUCUCAUGGCGAUUGUAAUUCAUGCAAACAUUGGUGGAUGUGCCACGCCAAUUGGUGAUCCACCAAAUAUUAUAAUAACAACAAAUCAGACUAUUUUGGAUCAGGGAAUUCACUUUCUUAAUUUUACUGUUCAUAUGCUUAUCGGAACUGCUUUCAUCACCUUCACAACAAAUAUUCAUCUGAGGUUUAUUUAUCCAAAUAUCAGAACUUUAUUCAUUCACGAGCCCAAAGAUAUAAAAAUUUUGAAGAAAAACUUGGUAACUUGGGAGAGAGCGUUGAGAAAUUCAAUUUCACCUUUCAGUAAGGAUGCAGAUUUAGUUCGAGAGACUCUUGUAAAGAAAGUUAAAGCGUUGAGACAAGAAUUGAAGCUUAAGACAACAAGAGGGGUCAUUGAAGAGCAGCGAUAUAAAACGACUUUGGAAGAUAUGGAGAAAGCAUAUCCAAUUAAGAAAAAAGGAUUGCUUAUCAAAUCUGGGAUAACUCUUGUUUUUAUUCUGCUUUUGUUUUUUGUUCAGUCAAUUCCCGAUUUUCGAAGACUUUCUCUUGGUUGGUCAGCACUUAUUGGUGUCAUUUUCCUUCUGAUCAUAAGUAAUCGUGACGAUAUGGAUGCGAUUUUACAUCGAGUUGAAUGGCCAACACUUCUCUUCUUUGCUGCUAUGUUUGUGUUGAUGGAAGCUGUUGAAAGAAUGGGAUUCAUAUCAUGGAUUGGAUCGGGAACUGAAACAAUCAUAAAAGGUGUCUCAAAAGAUUAUCGGCUAGCUGUUGCCAUCAUCAUAAUUUUAUGGGUUUCCGCUUUAACUUCUGCAUUCGUCGAGUCCCUUCCAGUUACUCAAAUGAUGGUGAAAAUUGUUGUCUCACUAGCAGGAAAUUCCAAAUUAGGUUUACCUUUACAACCACUUGUGUGGGCUAUAGCAUUUGGCCCUGCAUUGGGAGGGAAUGGGACACUUGUAGGUGCUUCAGCUAACAUCAUAUGUGCGGGUGUUGCAGAACAACAUGGAUAUAAAAUGGACUUUAUGGACUUUCUUAAAUUUGGAUUUCCAAUUAUGCUUACAAGCGUCUUUUUCAGUAUGACUUAUCUGUUGUUCUUUCAUUCAUUUCUGAGUUGGCAUUAGAUGACCAAUCGAAGUAAAAUUAUUAAAGAUGCAAACCAAAAAUCAAUUAGAAUCUUAUUGUGAUUUCAACAUUAAAAAUAUCAUCCUAAGAAAUAAAUGAAAAGUUGACUUUUAAAGCCUGAAAGUGAAAUUAAAUUUCUUAAUCUUAAGUGCCGU